GCCUCUCCCACCUCUGUCCUCAGUCACCUGAUGGAUGAAAACACCUUCACUGAGAACUUCAACAACCAAGGAUGGCCUUCCAAGACCUUCCUGUGCUACAUGGUGGAGAGGCUGGAUGGUGACGCUGCGAUCCCUCUGGACGAGUACAAGGGCUUUGUGCGCAACAAGGGUCAGGAUCAACCAGGGGAACCCUGCCAUGCAGAGCUCUACUUCCUGCAACAGAUCCGUUCUUGGAAUCUGGACCGGAAUCAGCACUACAGGCUCACCUGUUUCAUCUCCUGGACCCCCUGUUACAAUUGUGCCCAGGAACUGACUACAUUCCUGGAGGAGAACCGCCACAUAAGCCUGCACAUCUUUGCCUCCCGCAUCUAUACCGUCGACGAUUCUGGGUGCCAUCAGAGUGGCCUGCGCGCACUGCAAGCGGCUGGGGCCGGAAUCACAAUCAUGACCUCUGAGGACUUGGAGCGCUGCUGGGUAACCGUCGUGGACCACAAGGAGAAACCCUUUCAGCCCUGGGAGGGGCUGGAGGUAAAGAGUCAGGAGCUCUGUGAGGAACUGCAGGCCAUUCUCAGGGUGAGGCGUUGCUGA